GCUUGUAUGAUUCUUCCGCACGCACUGAUUUGCCUCUUGAGAGUAACGGGCGCGAGGGCGCACUUAACACCGCUUCUGGGCUAGCUCGGCGCCGAGCCCAGUUUGAUAGGCCUUGGAAUAGUUGGCGUCACCUUGCAUACUCUUUGCGCGCUAUAGGAGCUUCACUGUCCGCAAACUCAAUUGGCAAGAAGCUGCGGCUUGGCGCCCCGGCUACGACGGGCUAGGAUGAACACAGCUGCUGUUUAUUGUUGCUGAAAUAUUUUGCCCGGCUAAGCAGCGCGACUGCAAGCACCGGCACGGGCAAGAAUGGCAUUCUUCUGCCGGUGCUUUGGGGGCUCGGGGGCUACGGCGAGCCUCGACGAGCCGAAUGCACUGCAAAACUCAAGCUCCUCACCAAGACCAGCGGCAGCAAGUGCCAUCUUGAGCUUUUGCAGCCGGAACUCAGGAUGGGACGUCAGCUCGUCGGAGCGGGCUCGUGCAGCUGGCUCGCGGACGCGGAAGGACGCGGACGUUGUGCAGCUCGCGACGGCACGCUACAUGCAGCUCUUUGCGGCAGCCAAGACCGAGGACGCUCCGGGGGUGGGAAGCCUGUACGACACGGACGUGCGCGCCAUGCAGGACAGCGUGCGCUCGGUGCGCUCUGGCUCGGACGGCGCCUCGGGCCACGUGGCCCCGCGCGAGUACUCCCGCCAGGCCGCCAGCCGGGAGGGCUCCUCCCGCCUUGCAUACACCAGCGGCGCCGGGCCGCCGGGGCCGCCGGGGCCGCCCAGCAGUGCCGCCGCGCACAGCCUGCAACGCCGCUCCAUGUCGUCAGUGCGGCACGACAGCCCUGCGCUGGACGCGUUGCCGGAGCAGGGAGCUUCAGAGGCGGGGGCCACGGGCGGCAGCGCUGGUGCCGGCGAGUACACUUCGCACCCCACGGGCGCAGCCACCGGCAGCUUUAGGAAAUCUGGGUCGCUGUCGCGGGUGCUUGGGCCUUUCACCAGCAAGGGCAACAUGCGCUCGCCGGCGGGCACGCCGCGCAGCACCAGCGACCGCGCCAUCGCCGCGGCGUCGGCGCUGCCGGCACCGCUGGCGUCGCCGUCGACCAAGUCCAUGUCGCGCGCGAACACGGGCGGCGGCGGCGGUCGCGCGCUUCAGGCGCUGGGGCUGGGGCGCCUGCACGGCGGCGUGGGGGCCAGUGCCUCUUACAAUGACCUGCGCGUGGGCGCGCGCACGUCCUCCAUCACCCAAAGCGCGACCGGGGGCACCGGCCAGGGGCAAGGGCAGCAGCAAGGGCAGCAGCAGGUGCAUGGGCAGGUGUCGCGGGCCGGCAGCGGGAAAGGCGGCGGGCUGCACGGGACGGCAAGCAGCAGGCGGUCGCGGAUGUUCAAUGCAGAGUACGGGCCGGCCGGAGCUGUUGCCGGCGGGGUCGGCGGGGCCUCGGGCAGCAUUGCGGCAGUCACGGCAGCGGCGCUGUCGGGCGGCAUCAGCAGUAUGCCCCUGGGCGUUGCUGGAGGAGGUGGCGGUGGAGCGACGAGCAGCAAUGGCUACCGCCACGCCAGCGGCUCGGCGGCGCUGCCGGCGGCGGCGUUUCUCGAAUCGCCCGCCGCGGCCUCCAGCGCAGGCGCAAGCGGCGCCAUGGCGGCGGCGCUGUCGCAGUACGUUAUGCCCAGCAGCGGCGGCGGCGGCCCUGGCGGCCCCGGCGGCGGCAGGCGCACCAUAUUUUUCAGCAAGAACGACGUCACCGUGACCGGCCUGCCGCCCUCCUGCCUGACCUCAGGCCGCUUGCCACGAUGCCGGGACAGCACUUCGGGGGUCCUGGUGCAGGUGUCAGGCGGCGCUGCAGGCGCUGCCGCCGCUGGGAGCGGCGGUGGCGCCGGCUGUAAUGGCAGCUUCGGCCCGCAGUCCUCGCGCUUGGGCCGCAACUCGACGGACCUUAUGAACCUGGUCGCUCGGACCGCGAGUGCAGUGGUGCCGCCGUCGUCGCAGUCGGCGAUUCUUGCAGCCAACGGCUCUAACGACUUCCACAACCACCACAACCACCACCAGCUCAUGGUGGACCGGAGCGUCAUGUCAAUAGAUCUGGGCCGGCCCAGCCGCAACGGCCUGGCCUUGGCGGCGGUCCACAGGAACGGUGGGCUGCAGCAGCACGCCAACUCCGCCGCCAUGCUUAGCGCCCUCACGGGCGGCGGCCUCGCGGCGCACGGCUUCGGCACGGGGCAAACGGGCAGGGCGCCGGUGGUGCCAUCUGGGGCCAUUGGCGAGGCCUCGCCCAGCUCGCUGGGGGCGCGGUGUGGGGUGAGCCAGGCGUCAGCGGCUGGCGCGGGCGCAGGCGCGGGAGCGCGCGCGGGAGGAGAGCUCGGUGCGCGGACAUUGUCGGCGCAGCUAGAGCACGGCUCGCCACGCGCACGCCUGGCGCAGCAGGGCCAGCCGCCGGAAGCGCAUGCGCUGCAGGCGCAGCCACAGCAGCUGUCGGCGCCACUUCCGUUGGCACAGCUAGAACCGCCGCAGUCGCCACAGCCGCUGGCGCAGCGGCAGCCGUCAACACAAGCGUUGCCAGAGCCCACUCACGCAGCGGACGCGACGGCGGCGGCAUGUGCGGCCGCUACUGCAGCAGCUACCGCGGCCGCGUCUGCCGAUUCGAGCGAGGCGGGCGCGCGAUGCGACUGGGUUGGAAGCUCCCUUUAUGCGCCAUCGCGCUGCAGUGACUCCAGCCGCCUCACACAGUUUCGGCAGCCUGGCGGCAACGGCGCCGGCGUGGGCCUCACCACUAUGGGCUUGGGGACGACUGACAACAACCCCAGCUCGUGCGCGCUUACGACGGUGAAGGCAUCGGCGCCAGGCGUUGGCAUUGCUACUGGCGUCGGCGGCGCUUCUGGAGGCGCGGGCUCGUAUGUACGGCAGUGCACGUCACAUGCAGCGGCGGCCGGCAAAGGCGCCCCUGGGGACACCAGCACGGGCACAGGGGGCCACGGCUCCCGAGCCCUGUCGCAGCACACAGCCGGCGGUGCGAACGCACGGAUGAUGCCACGGGCAGCGGCUGGAGCAGCCGAAGGCGAGCUGAGCACAAUGCUGAGCUCUGUGAUGAUGGGCGACGAGUCCGACACCGCCAACAACAGCAGCCUGUUGGCGCCGCUGCCGCCGGGUGCCGACCUCGCCGCCGUUGCCGCGGCCGCGACGCUGAACAACCCGCUCUACGCUCGCAUCAGCGCCAGUGGCCGCAGUGGCACAGGCGUGGGGUACACGGGGCACUCCAACGCGCUCUUCUUUGCGCUGCCGGACGGCACCGUCUCCAGCGCCAACGCACUGAAUGCAGGCGCCUCCGCUGCAGCUGGCGCAGGCGCAUCAGCGCCCCCUCCAGCUCUGCCCGUGGUGGUCCAGCUGCCUGCCAACUCGGCUAUGGCCCUCGCCACGGAUGCUCGCGACGUGACCAGCGCGCUGAACCGACUGCAGGAGGCGUGCCUGCUGGCCCAAAAGGUGGACGUCAGCCAGCGCCUCACCAAGCGCAUCAGCCUCAGCAUCGAGCACAACUGCGGCCCGCCAGGCGCGCGGCCGUCGGCAGCGGGCUGGGGCUCAUCGGCGUACAACGCCUACUACGGCGGCGGGGGCGGCGGCGUGAGUUCCAGCUUGGGGCCGGGGCUGCUUGGCUACAGCCUCCAGAACAACAUUGUGGCCGGCAGCGGCGCUGGCGGGCUGGCGCGGGAGGGGCGGGUGUCCUACACACGCACCACGAGCGCCAGCGCCGCGCUGAUGGCGGUGCGGACGGGCCGUGCGCCGCCGCGACCGUCGCUCAGUCGCAGCCAUCUGGCGGGCGGCGGCGCUGCCGCCGCGGCGGCACGCGCCGUCGGCGGCAUGCCUGGGGCCGCCUCUGCCAUCGUGGGCUACCUGGAAGACAUCAACUCGGAGCCGUGGGUGGACCCGGACCAUCCCGACCCCCUCGACAACAGCGACCAGCCCUCGCACAUGCAGCUGCACGGAGGGGGCGAUGAGGAGGACGGCGACGGUGACGGCGCCGGCAUUGUGAUGGAUGGAAGCGCCCUAUUCAUGGCCCACGACGGCGACGGCAUGGCGCAAGCAUCGUUGGGCUCGGCCGCCGGCAUGGGCUUCACCGCUGCCAUGUUGCCAGCGAUGCUGUACGCAGGCAGCAGCAUGAUUCAUACUGCUGGCUCCGCUGCAAGCGCUGGCGGGUUCGGCUUUGGGAACGGCGGCGCGUCGCAGGCGUACAGCGCAGUGCUGAUGGCGCCGCCAUCCGGGGACGGGGCCUUUGGCCGGCGCAGCUCCAACAUAGGCGGCGGCUUGGUGGAGUAUCCGGUGGGCGCGCGCACAAUGGCGGCUGUGGCGGGCACGGGCGCCCACGGCUCCAAUGGCUCCGCGGGCGCGGGCGUUGUGGCCGGCGGCUUCAGCAGCCAGAGCCGACAGCUGCAGGAGCGUCUGCGGGACGAUCCCAGCGAGGACCCGCACACGCAGGCCAUGCUUAACGUGCUGCUGCAAGGCGACUUUCUGGAGAGCAAGGACUCGGGGCUACCCGCCUCUGACGACGAGGACGACGGCCCGUUGGAGUACCGCUACGGCGGCUUUGAGCUGGGCGGCGGCGCCGAGGGCGGCGACGACUACCGCCGCCAGCACUCAUUUGUAGAGGCGGUGCGGCGCGUCGGCAGCGAGCAGAGCAGGCGCAGCCGUGGCGGGAGCCCUGCGGGCUCGCCCAGCGGGACCAACACACCGGGGGGCGCGGGCUUGGGCGCGGGCGGGAGGAACAGUCCAAGGAAUAGCCCGCGGACGGCGCUGGCGCGGCGGGCGGUGGUCAACAACUUGGUGGGCGGCGGCGUGGCGGCCAACGGCGGCACCAGCAGCCUGCCGGGUGUGCAGCUCAGGCUGGAUGCUUUCAAGUGAGCAGCGCGGGGGCAGGAAUAGAGCGGGAGCAGGCGAGGGAGCUGGUCAAGAGCCUGGCAACAGGGCCGCUGGGUUGUCUAAGACGUCGGUCGCCAGAAGGGCUUGGGGACCCGGGUAGGCGCUGGAAGCACGCACUGGGCACUGGAUAAGAAUGCAGGUGGUGAUGGGUUCGUGUGUAUGUGUCCAAGGAGAGCAUAUGGAUGGCAAGGCGCAGGUUCUUUCAUAACAAGGCAGCAUGCAUGAUGCACUGGCAUGGGCAUGCGCACGCGCAUACAGAGCCCGGUGAUUACACGUGAGCGCCAGUGAGCACUGGGCGAGCGCAAGUUGGUGCAGCGGUCUGGGGUGCAUGUAGGGUAAGGCUACCGGCGUAUGUGAGCGAGCGAGGCAGGGAGGGGAUCAGGGAGCGUCGCGCCGCGGCAGCAAGUGGGUAUUGGGUAGCGCAGCGCCCCGUGUGCGGCGUUGCACAUUUCUUACUGUGAUUCGUUUUCUCGGGAGCUGCUGAAAUGGUGAGUCUGUAUUCCAGGCUGGCGUGUUAUCUGCGUGACCAAGGAUACAGACACCCCCGAGAGCUGUAAGCGACUGGACUGACUGCAGCAAGGUACUUGCUGAACAACGUUGUUUGCUGUGAUUUGGACGCCAUGGUUUAAGAAGCACUGCGCACUUCCCCACACAUCUUUGGCUGGCUGGCUUUUGAAUUCUUGUGAUCAUUUUCCCCGCGUCCUGUGUGCGACACGGAAGGGCAGCGGUGCUCCGAUUUCUAGUGGAGGCGUGCUGUUGCAGGGGAAUGGCAAGGCCUACCACCUUGUGUUUACGAUGGCGCUGGCGCGCUGCUGUGUGGCAGAUGAAGGGGCCGGGCCGUGGCUGACGCGUGGUUGGCAAGGGCGCCGUGGACGAAGCGUGAUAACGUUUGGACUGCGGACUCGUGGCAGCCGGAGUUGGAAGUAUUCCUGCUGACUAAUGGUGAUAGCUGGCGCCAAGAGCGCAAACGUGUCGUUCGCAAGGUUGUGCGACCCUUAGACUCGUGGCGGGGGCUCAACAGGGGUGUUGUGUGCCCUGAACGGGCUGAGGUCAUAGGUAAAGGCGAGCCGACAUAUUUUCUGAACAGGGGCACCCCUGGUUCUGAAACGUUGUGUAUGUGCCUAUGUAACGAGAGAGCACG